AUGUCAACCCAAGAUCCAGCGCAGGACAAUGGACAUGGCGAAAGCUACGAGGAAGAGCAUGUGCACACCGUCUACGAGCAGAUUGCCUCCCACUUCUCGUCUACCCGCUACAAGCCUUGGCCCAUCAUAGAACGCUUUCUCAAGUCUCUUUCACCAGGCUCAAUUGGUCUCGACAUUGGCUGCGGCAACGGCAAGUACCUAGCCGUCAAUCCGGAAAUUUUCAUCAUAGGCUCUGAUCGGUCCUCCAACCUCAUCUCUAUCGCCCGCCAACACCAGCCCCAUUCUGUCUGCAUCUCCGACAUUCUAUCCCUACCUCAUCAAUCCAAGCACUUCGACUUCGCAAUCAGCAUAGCCGUCAUCCAUCAUCUUUCCACUCCCGAGCGGCGCAUCGAAGCCGUGCAAGCUAUUCUCAAAACAUUGAGACCUGGCGGACAAGCUUUGUUGUACUGCUGGGCACUAGAGCAAGACGGCAGUCGAAGAGGGUGGAAAGAGGGCAUGGAUCAGGACGUCAUGGUGCCGUGGGUGAAGAAGACGAAAGGUGUGAAAGAAGAUGAGACAUUCUUGAGGUAUUAUCAUUUGUAUCGCAAAGGGGAGUUGGAGGGCGAUGUGGUUGCCGCGGGUGGCAAAGUGGUGGAGGCUGGGUAUGAGAAGGAUAACUGGUGGGUUGUGGCGGAGAGGGCUUGAAGUAUCGGAACGAUAUUCAGUGCCCAGGGUGAGGGCUCGAGAGCGGCGGAGGGGAGUCCGGUCCAUGCAUCUCGACUAUGCGGCGCUGACUGCUUUCCCAACUGAGCGCAAUCAUGAAGUUACAAGGAUCUUGUGUCUGAAGCGGGUCGCUGCUGAUACAUACUGCUGCCCGCUUGGUCAUUGUCCCACUGACAUUUCGCAGCACGCUGAGACAGCUUGGAGCGAACGCGGCUCCAACAGGACAGAUUGCACGCACUGUUCUUCUCCCGACGUCGACGCAUUGGAUCAAACUGUACUCUUGCCACGGCGACCUUUCCGAUCCGCAUUCUUGAUAGCUCACGACGAUAUUGCGCGGCCUUCCUCCCUCUUGGAAGAAUAUCGAAUUGAGAC